AUGGUCACUGUGAACGGGCUCCAGGCUCGGACCUUUGGCGUCUGGACCCUGCUGUCAUCAGUGAUCCGCUGUCUCUGCGCCAUCGACAUCCGCAAUAGGACUCUCUAUUACAUCACGCUCUUCACCUUCUUUUUGGCCCUUGUUCACUUCCUCUCCGAGGUCUUCAUUUACCACACUGCAGCCUUGACAAUUGGAGUUAUGGCACCCCUCAUGGUAGCAAGUUUCUCUAUCUUGGGGAUGUUGAUUGGGCUGCAGUACCUAGAGGUAGAAGCACUGUCACAAAACAAGAAGAAAAACUGAAGCUGAGGGCCCUGUAUAGGUCAGCGUUGUCUCCUAUCUUCACUGCCAAACUUCCACUAAAGCUCGGCUGAACUUCUCCAGGACACCAGUCCCACUGGUGGAUCAAUGUUGGACUCUGUCAAUCAUUCUUCAUUACCAAGUGUGGGGUUUUUUUUUUUGUCCAGGCAACAUUUCAACUGACUGAUGUCAAAGACAAAGUCCCAGAGGAGUUUGUGUCGAAGCUUGCAGGGGGCAGUUGGUGACUGCCUCCCCAGAGGAUAGCAGGGAAUGUCUCAGGCAUGCCCAGUGCACUAAGGAUUUCUCUCCCAGUGUACCUGUGGGGACAAGGUUGUAGGACUACCCAGGAUCCACUGAACACUUCGGACCAGAAAGAGAGAACGUGUGCUGCCCCUGGCACUGCUGUGUAACUUGCAUGUGUGUGUUCCUCAGGGGCCAUUUCUAAUAAAUGACAGAAAACCGCA